GUUGGCAUUGACCCGGGCCAGUGCGUCCCCGAAGUUGGAGCGGCGGGUUUCUGGCUAAUCUCGGCCUCCUGGGAGCCCUCCACGGGCGCCAGAGGUCUGGGUCGAGGCAGGCCAAGCCCCGCCAGGAUCGGCGAGCUGGUCCGUCGAUGCUCCCCACAAGGUUGAUGGGCUUGUUUUCCACCACCACCACUACAAGUUGGAGGGGGAGGGGGUCCUCCUCCACCUCCUCCUUCCUCCUCCUCCUCCUCCUCCUCCUUCCCCCCUCCAACUUAUGGUGGUGGUGGUGGUGUAAAACGGGCCCAUCACAGGUGGCGGGCCACGGGCAGGUGUCGCUGGUCAGCGCGGGCGCGAACGUGCCCGGGGAGCCCGCGGCGGAGACGGAGGUGAUGUCCGGCAGCAAGCUGGUGGUUCCGCACAUGGGGGCCCGCGUCUACUUCGCGGACGGAGCGGACGGCUGCGCGGAGGGGGAUUACGACCCCAGCGUGUACUCCGCCAUCAACUUCCUCGGCAAGAAGAUCACGUGGACCACCGACGUGUCUGGCACCAAUUGCGGGUGCAACGCCGCCUUCUACCUCGUCUCCAUGCAGCAGAACACGGAGAUCGGCACCUGCAACGACUACUACUGCGACGCCCAGAGCGUCUGCGGCGUCCCUUGCGGCGAGAUUGACCUCAUGGAGGC